UUACGUCACCACCCCGUCUUGCUAACAAUGGUAUGGUCCGGUGGUGUAUUUCUGCAGACAAGGACAAGCUAGUGUCACUGUUGUUUUUACACGUUAGAAAUAAAAAUGGCGAGGUUCCUGAGGCCCAACGUUAGGAAUUUUGUCGUUUUCCAGCUGAGGAUGUCAUCUGACCAGUUGGGUGAGCUGGGUAAAGGUGCAGGAAAAGGUGGUGGAGGUGGAGGUUCCAUUAGAGAAGCAGGUGGAGCCAUGGGGAAGAGGGAAGCUGCAGAGGAGGAGAUGUAUUUCAGACGUAAAGAACAGGAGCAGCUGGCUGCGCUGAAGCAGCACCAUCUGGAAGAAAUUGAUCACCACAGAAAGGAGAUCGAACGCCUCCAACGUGAGAUUGAUCGUCACAAGGGAAAAAUCAGAAAACUGAAGCAUGACGACUGAAUUAAACAAAUCAAACAUAGCGUGUAUAACUUCAAUAGCUGCAUGCAAUGUUACCAGGCAGAAUGUGUAGAAGAUGUUGUUCUUCAAAGGCUUUAAAGUUAUUAAAAAGUUAAAUAAAUGCUAAAUGUUUUCAUGGCAUGCUUACAACCUCAUUGCUUGUUCUGUAGUUCAUUGUUGGCAAAACAAUGCAAAGCAUUGAACUAAAUAUUUUCAAAGUA